UUACUUGAGUGGGAAAACCUCAAGGAAGAAGACAAAGGACAGCAGAUGAAGAUAGGCUAUAUUGCAGAUGAACCAAUGGAAGAAAGAGCGCUGCGGCUCAGUUGGCUGCAACAGAGAGGAAAUGAAGUCUCAGUGAAAUAUUACAAAGGAGGACAGUACGACUUUACCCCCAGACCGCCUCGUAGGACGAUUACUCGCUGCUCUUGGUCUGGCUGCUCCUCUUUGGCCUUCUUGGCAUGGUUGCACCUUGUGGAACGAAGUUCCAGCCAGUGUAGCUCGCGAGGUCAUUGCAGCACUCAAGCCCGACCACCACGUCAAGGUGGCAGCUUUAGACUAGUAAUUGAGUGGGGAAACCUCAAGGAGGAGAACAAAGGACAUCGGAUGAAGAUCGGCCAUAUUGCAGAUGAACCAAUGCGGCUCAGUUGGCUACGACAGAGAGAAAAUGAAAUCUCAGUGAAUGGCUUACUGGCUGGAUAA